AUGCCACCCCGGACAACACGUGCCUCCAAGGCAAAAGGAGGCAGCGCUGAUGACACGGAGACGACAACAACAGCCUCAAGAACCUAUACUCUCGAGGCCGAGACUGCCAAUCCGCCGCGGCUCUUUGUGCUGCCAAAGAAGGCCACUGCAGAUGCUCGCAUCGUCACACUGCCACACCCACGGUACUCUUCGAAAUCGACGCGAUUCCUCGUUUGCCCCGAAACUGGCGCCUACGAGUUCACACAGAUUUCCAGUCCCAAGUCGACACCACGCAGUUGGUUGAUCACAGGCGAAGAUGGAGUGAUCGGCGAGAAGAAGGAGGACGAAAAAUCAACGACAGAAGUAGAAGUUGAAGAGGCCACAUCAAAAUCGCCAACCACGUUCUCCACCCAAAUAACCCAAGAUGCCGACCUCUUCGUGGCCACGACCGUCGACCCCUUGUUCCUUGUUCUCCCAGCGCUUGUCGCCGAACCUUGCUUCACAUCCGGGUCCGACUCGCCACCACGACCAUUGCGCUCCCGCUCCCGCUCGCCGUCCUCGUCCGACCGGCCCCAAACGGCCAAGCGAAUGUUCCUGACUGCUGACGACCACUUUGACGCGCUGCGCCAGGACGGCGGGUCACACUUGUCGCAGCUGCUGCGGCACCAACCGGCCGUGCGGACGCUGUUCACGAUGCGCAUGGCCGUCGUUUGCGACACGGUGGCGGCGGGGGACGAGACCAUGUACCGGCUCAACGAGGACAAGGUGCUUUUGGCACUGCUGGGCAAGGCGCAGCGCACGAGCCAGCACCUGCCAGCCAGCCUGGAGGAGAAGUUUGUGACGCGGGCACUGGAAGCGCCCGUGCAGAGCCUAAAAUCGACAGCUGGCUUGUCUGCAGCAGCGGCGUCGACCAAUGGCGCAUCCACGCCGCUGUCUACGACCGGCUCGGUCGACUCGGGCGCUGAAUCGCAGGCUUCAACAUCGACCACGGCUAGUCUCGUAUCGGAAGCGUCGACGCUGUCAACAGCAUCGACGGGAGCCACCUCCGUGGCGGGUGGUGAGAGUGAGGACGACCUCGUCGCUCGCGCCGCAAUGCAGGCUCCCGAGGAAGUGGUCGCGCUGCAGCGGCUGCGUGUGGCGUUCCAGUUUAUCUGCUCGCGGUACGUGCCACCCGCACUGACGGCGACGCUCACCAAGAAGCUUCAAGGGUCCGCCUCCGCCUCGGGCAUCGAUUUCACGCCGCUGGACGCAUACCUGGCGAAGCUGGCGCAGAUGCGGCAGGCGACGGCACUGGCGCGGUCUGCAGCACUCGAUUACGCAGGCGGGCGCAAGCGCGGGCUGGAGGACGAAGAGGAUGACGACCGGGCAGAGAAGAGGCGCAAGCAGUUGGAGGAGGAGAAGCGCAAGAAGGCGGGCGAGAGUCGGGGCGUGAAGAAUCUCAAGAAGGUGAACGUGACGGGCAUGAAGAAGCUAAGCGAGUUUUUCAAAAAGAAGUAG